AUGAGUUCCGGAGUUAUGGUCGAUCCAGACGUGCAGACGUCCUUCCAGAAGCUUUCCGAGGGAAGAAAGGAGUACCGCUACAUCAUCUUCAAGAUCGAGGAUAACAAGGUGAUCGUCGAGUCCGCUGUAACUCAGGAUCAGCUCGAACUCACCGGAGACGACUACGACGACUCUUCGAAGGCUGCUUUCGAGAAGUUCGCUGCUGAUAUCAAGAGCCGUACCAACGGUCUCACUGACUGCCGCUACGCCGUCUUCGACUUCAAGUUCACUUGCUCUCGUGUGGGAGCUGGAACUUCCAAGAUGGACAAAAUCAUCUUCCUUCAGAUCUGCCCAGAUGGUGCCUCCAUCAAGAAGAAGAUGGUGUACGCCUCUUCUGCUGCUGCCAUCAAGGCCUCGCUUGGAACCGGAAAGAUCUUGCAGUUCCAGGCCUCCGGAGUCAAAGUCGACCCAUCGUGCAAGAACGCCUACGAUCUUCUUCACAACAAGCAUCAACACAGCUACAUUAUUUUUAAGAUCGAUAAAAAUGACACCGCCAUCGUUGUCGAGAAGGUCGGAGACAAGAAUGCUCCAUACUCGGAGUUUGUUGAAGAAAUGAAGAAGCUUGUCGAGGACGGAAAGGAAUGCAGAUACGCCGCCGUCGACGUCGAGGUCACCGUCCAAAGACAGGGAGCCGAAGGAGCCAGCACGCUCAACAAGGUCAUCUUCGUUCAAUACUGCCCAGACAACGCUCCAGUCCGCAGACGUAUGCUCUACGCCUCCUCGGUCCGUGCUCUCAAGGCAUCGCUCGGACUCGAAUCGCUCUUCCAAGUGCAAGCAUCGGAGAUGUCGGACCUCGACGAGAAGGUUGUCAAGUCCGAUUUGAUGUCCAACCAAAGAAUCUAA